AUGUCUUCCGAACAAAAAGACUUCCAACAAGUCACUGAAUCUACUGCUUCUAAGACUUUUCAGGCAAAUCCAUAUGGUCCUAACCCAGCUGACUAUUUAUCCAAUGUUGACAAUUUCCAAUUAAUUGAUUCCACCUUAAGAGAAGGUGAACAAUUUGCUAAUGCCUUCUUCACUACCGAAAAAAAGAUUGAAAUUGCCAAGGCUUUAGAUGAUUUUGGGGUUGACUAUAUCGAAUUAACUUCGCCUGUUGCAUCUGAACAAUCUAGAAAGGAUUGUGAAGCUAUUUGUAAAUUAGGUUUAAAGGCCAAAAUUUUGACUCACAUCCGUUGUCACAUGGACGAUGCAAGAGUUGCUGUCGAGACAGGUGUCGAUGGUGUCGAUGUUGUCAUCGGUACUUCUAAAUUUUUAAGACAAUAUUCUCAUGGUAAAGAUAUGAACUACAUUGCCAAGAGUGCUAUUGAAGUCAUCGAAUUUGUCAAGUCCAAAGGUAUUGAAAUUAGAUUCUCUUCUGAAGAUUCCUUCAGAAGUGAUCUUGUCGAUUUAUUAAACAUUUAUAAGACUGUUAGUAAGAUCGGUGUAAAUAGAGUCGGUAUUGCCGAUACUGUUGGUUGUGCUAACCCAAGACAAGUCUAUGAAUUAGUUAGAACCUUGAAGUCUGUUGUUAAUUGUGAUAUUGAAUGUCACUUCCAUAACGACACUGGUUGUGCUAUUGCCAACGCUUACACAGCUUUAGAAGCCGGUGCCCGUUUAAUCGACACUUGUGUCUUGGGUAUUGGUGAAAGAAACGGUAUUGUCCCAAUCGGUGGAUUAAUGGCUAGAAUGAUUGUAGCAGCUCCAGAUUAUGUCAAGUCCAAAUAUAAAUUACAUAAGCUUAGAGAUUUAGAAAACUUAGUUGCUGAAGCCGUAGAGGUCAAUAUUCCAUUUAAUAACCCAAUUACUGGGUUCUGUGCUUUUACACAUAAGGCUGGUAUUCAUGCUAAGGCUAUUCUAGCUAACCCAUCUACAUAUGAAAUUUUAAAUCCACAUGAUUUUGGUAUGAGAAGAUAUAUUCAUUUUGCAAAUAGACUGACUGGCUGGAACGCUAUCAAAUCAAGAGUGGAUCAAUUAAACCUAAAUUUGACAGAUGCAGAAAUCAAAGAAGUCACAGCUAAGAUCAAGAAGAUGGGUGACAUUAGACCACUGAACAUUGAUGAUGUAGACUCCAUAAUUAAGGAAUUCCAUGCUGAAAUAAACACACCUACGUUGAAACCUAAAAAGACUAGAGCUGAUGAAGAACCUCUUGAUAUUGCAAGCAAACCCGCUACCAAGAAGGCUAAAGUGUAG